GAUUCCAAUGGGCGGGCCUCCGAUGGGAGGACCUCCUCUUAUGGGUGGUGGACCUCCAAUGGGUGGAGGACCUCCUAUGGGCAGGGGGCCUCCUCCAAUAGGUGGUGGCCCUCUAAUUGGUGGUGGCCCUCCUAUGGGUGGUGGUCCUCCAAUGGGGGUUAUGAAUGGCAUGAUGCCCGGAGGUAUGCUUCCUCCUGGAGUGGCACCAGGUCCAGCUCAGGGCUCCGUGCCGUUGUUCAUGACCCAGCCUCCACUAUGGAUUAAAGAUGGUGGUGGUGGUUUCCCGGGUCCGUGGGGCAACUGGGGCUGGGCGCCCCCUGGCGUGACCCAACACAGCGGCCCGCCCAACACUGGGCACAGCCCGGCCAGUGCCGCGAACGCACUCGUCUCUGCUGCUGUAUCUGACAAAGGUGCAGCAACACAAAUGCCACAAAUGGUGACCACACGAGUGACGAUAGCUGAACCUAAUAUAGUUGAACCUGUAGUGCAACCUGUAGCCAAGAAGGAAGAGACAGUGAUCCCUCCAGAACUAGCCGCCCAGGCAGCGAAGUGGACAACCCACAGAGCCCCGAAUGAUCGACUCUACUACUAUAACUCGAGCAAGCAGGAAUCAGUGUGGGUGAAGCCGGUACCCUUGCAGCAGCUUGAGGAGCUGCAAGCAAAGAUUGUUGCGGAAAAGGGAGAAGUGCCUGAAAAGAAGAUAGAGACAAUUGAUUUGGACAACGACAGUAAGGUGGAAGGUAAGUUAAUGCAUAUAGAGUUUAAACGGUGCUACAUACAUGUGAUGAUAAGAGAUAUAAUCCGAUGGGACAUAAUCCGACACGAUCUGCGAAAGAUAGGCAAAAAAACAACGGUUUUACGUGCUUUCCGAGCCAUGGAGAUGAAACACCGCCGACUCUCUGACUUCGGGCAGCAGAAAAACUCAAUAGAUGAUUUUUUUCGACUAGGCUUUUGAACCCGGGACCUUAUGAUCUUUUUUUAUAUGGGGAAAUGCCUACGUAUACCCGCCUUGCGGGAGCAAGGACGGGUUAUAUCGGACUCGCACUGAAUAAAAUCCCAUGGUGUUCCACCUUCGCCGCAUAUUGGCAGGGCCACGGGAACGCUUUCGCACACAUUCGCGACGCCACCAGCGCCGGCCGCCCCAUGGCAGCCCCUUCUCGGGGGAGGACCACCUCUCCUCCCUAUUCUUCUUCUCAGGCAAGGCGCACCAGGAACACAAGGCACGCCCCCCUCCACAGCCUCCAACUCCACCUACGUAUAGGACCCCCCCGAGUCCGAUACGCGGAGGCCAUGGUGCCAGGAAAAUCGUUCAGCUUAGUAGCACCCGCUUUCCCAACCCCAACGGCGGAUCUGGUCUCUGGCUCCGCCGCUAAUGACGUUUCGGCGCCGAACGGCAGGGAGAGUGGCGCCUCGCAAUACCGACACUCCUCUCCCCCCGCGGCCCCACCACCACCGCAUCAACGGUGCGGGCCCGUCAGAGUCGCGGAGGAUAGUGCGAGUGGCGCAUCGCUAUACCCAACACUCCUCCUCUUCCGCGACUUCACCUCGGCUGCAGCGUUAGGGGGAGAGGACACCCCUCUCACCGCAGCCCACCACCACCGACACACAUCCGAAGUGGGUUCGCCAAGCCCACUCGGAGUGGCCAUCUUGGGCAGUACAGUUGCACCAUACAAUGCUUACAGAAAAAAAAUGGUUUUAGUCUUGUUUUUUUGGAACGAAGUUCCUUAUCGGACGGUACGAAUUUGGCGGAUGGGGGUUAGGCGACAAAAAGUGUAAGAUUUUUCCGUCACGACCCCUUCUGACGUAGUGUAUUUUGAUGAUGGACAUUCAAUUUGCAUACACAUAUGAAAUCAUUAUCAAAUUAACAUAAUUUGUUUAACUUCGUACAACAUAAAUCAUUAUCAAAUUAACAUAAUUUAUUUAAUUUCAUACAACAUGAUGUAUAGGUGGACUUAAUGCCUGAGAUAAUUUUACCAGUCAAGCUUUGGCUGAUGCAGAGAUAAAAAUAUGAAUUAAGUGUGUAAAAUGUUAAAAGAUAUAAUAUAGUAAUUAAAUAUAAAACAAAAUAAUACACAUACCCACACAUAAAUUUGCAUAUCCAAAAUUAUUUAAUAUAUGCAUAAUAUUAUAUAUAAAUUAUAUACAUAGCAAAAUAUAUAAAAAUUGUGUGACAACUAAUCUAACAAAUACUUUUUGACACCCAAGUAAUAUGUUGUGGAAUCAAAAUAAUGAAUGCCUACAAUAUUUGAUUCCUAAGAGAUAUCAAUAUCACCAGUAUCGGAGUAGGUCGUACUACAAAAUAGUGCAUAUUGAGGCCAAUUCACUUCAUGGUUCUAUCCGUUAAUAUCCUUAUUAAAAAAUUAAAAAAAUUAAUGUCAAAACAGUUUAUUAAAAAACUGUAAAAAAAAGAAAAUUAAAAUAUAUUAUCUAAGUUAAAUGUUAUAUGUUAUGUAAAGGAGUUUGUUAAGUUUAAUACGUUAACUAACAAAAAAUAAAUAAUACAAUCAUUUUAUUAAUGUUGUUGUAUUUUAAAAUAACAUUUCUUUUUGGAUUGCAGCUAAUUCUUGUGUAGUGGACUUUAAUUCAAUAAUAAUCAAGUUGUUAACUUUAUGAAUGUUCCAGUUGAUAAUUUUAUAUUUUGUAUGCCUUAUGUUUUAUUAUGUACAUAAAUCGAGAUCUGUAAAUUAACCUAUGUUCACAAAAUGAUCUGAUUUGAUUUGAUUUGAUUGAAUGUUAAUUUGGUGUACAGUGAUCGACGUGGAAGCGCACGCGGAGGCGCAGGCCGCGGCGGCCGCAGCGGCAGCCGAGGCGGCGCGCCGGGCGGCCGGGCGGGAGAAAGCUGAGCGCGAGAAGGCAAAACAGGACCGCAGCAGACCCAUUUCUGGCACUUCCAUAUCGGGCACGCCCUGGUCAAUCCUAUCAAACAGUGCGUGGUGUGGACCGGCGACGGGCGCGUGUUCUUCUACAACCCAACGACUAACUCGUCGGUGUGGGAGCGGCCGCCACAGCUGGUGGGCCGCGCCGACGUUGACAAGGCUGUCAGCCAGCCGCCGCUGGAGCUGCAGCGCAAAGACAACCCUCCGGCUGCUACUGGCAACAACACAGCUAACGCAACAGGCAACGGCGAGCUAAAGAGGUCCGCAGACUCUGACAGCGACCACUCAAAUCAUGAACCCGCCAAGAAGGCGAAGUCUGAUGACACCGCGAGCAAGAAGGGGCCGGUGGGGGCGGGGGGCUCGGGCGGCUCGCUGAUCGACGCGGGCAAGGAGGCGGCCGUGGAGGCGGAGAUCCGCGCGGCCCGCGAGCGCGCGCUGCUGCCCUCCGAGCAGCCCAUGCGCAGCUUCCUGCAGGUGCUGCACGAGAGCGAGGUGUCCACCUUCAGCCCCUGGGAGGAGCUGUACAAGAUCGUCUUCGACAGCCGCUACCUGCUGCUCACCUCCGAAGAGAGGAAACAGGUGUUCGACAAAUACGUCCGCGAGAGGGCAGAGGAAGAGCGUAAGGAGAAGAAGAAAAGGCUGCAGCAGAAGAAGAAUGAGUUCAGGCAGCUCAUGGAAGAGGCCAAACUACACUCCAAGUCCUCAUUCUCGGACUUCUCGUCGAAACACGGCCGCGACGAGCGUUUCAAGGGCAUCGAGAAGGUACGCGAUCGGGAGAAGUUCUUCAACGAGUAUAUCGUGGAAGUGCGCAAGAGGGAGAAAGAAGAGAAGGAAAGAAAGAAGGAGCAGGUAAAAUCUGACUUCAUAGCGCUUCUGAAAGAGAAGUCAGUGGGCAGACAUUCAAGAUGGGCGGAAAUCAAGAAGAAGGUUGACCUCGACCCGAGGUACAAGGCAGUGGAAAGCAGUACCCUAAGAGAAGAUUACUUUAGAGAGUACUGCAAGUUGGUGAAGGACG